AUGGCCGUAGAAAUGGGCCCAGCCGCCGACGUUGAUCUCUACCAGGCUCGUGCAGCCCUGCAGCACCAGCAGAGCCCGGAGGUUUCGGUUCCACGGGAAUUUAUUACACAGAUUGUUGAGGAGCUCAUCCAAUGUCGCGAGGCUCACUCAUCCAUUGCCGAGAUCGAGCGGGAGUGCUCGCAUCUUCGGAAAGAAUUACGCAAACACACCCACAUCAACGAGGCGUUUCAGAAGGAACUGGGUGAGAUUGGAGAAAUCAUCACUCAAGUUGCUCAUGGAGACUUGUCGCAGCGGGCCCGCAUGCACCCGCUGGAGAUUUCGCCUGAUAUCGCUACCUUCAAACAGACCAUCAAUACGAUGAUGGAUCAGUUACAGGUCUUUAGUCAGGAGGUUUCCAAGGUUGCUCGCGAGGUCGGCACCGAUGGAGUCCUGGGCGGACAGGCGAAGAUCGAGGGCAUCAAGGGUAUCUGGGAGGAGCUGACCGUCAACGUCAACGCCAUGGCGAACAACCUUACGACCCAAGUUCGCGAUAUUACCACGGUGACGACAGCGGUCGCGCAGGGUGAUCUCACACGCAAGGUGCAAGCAGAUUGCAAGGGUGAAAUCUUGCUGUUGAAAAACAUUAUCAAUUCUAUGGUGGAUCAGCUACGGGAGUUCGCCUUCGAGGUCAGCCGUGUCGCUCGAGAGGUGGGAUCAGACGGAACCCUUGGCGGCCAGGCUGUGGUUCAUGGCGUGGAAGGAACUUGGAAGAACUUGACCGAUAAUGUGAAUCGCAUGGCCUCAAAUCUAACCCAGCAAGUCCGCGAAAUUGCCAAAGUGACGACCGCUGUGGCCCGUGGAGAUUUGACUAUGAAGGUGACUGCAGAUGUCAAGGGUGAAAUCUUGGAUCUUAAGUUGACGAUCAAUUCAAUGGUCGACCGACUCAACCAGUUCGCCUUCGAGGUCAGCCGAGUGGCACGCGAAGUGGGAACAGAUGGUACACUAGGUGGCCAAGCACAAGUGGAGAAUGUUGAAGGACAAUGGCGGAACCUCACAGACAAUGUCAACACCAUGGCUCAGAAUCUCACUAUGCAAGUCCGGCAGAUCUCCAAUGUGACCCAGGCCAUUGCGCGUGGUGAUCUGAGCACUAAGAUCGAGGUCCAUGCCCAAGGUGAAAUCUUGACACUGAAGGAAACGAUCAACAGUAUGGUGGAUGGUCUGAAUCAAUUUGCACGUGAAUUGAAAGGCGUGGCACGAGACGUGGGCGUGCGAGGACAACUGGGCGGACAGGCGAAUGUGAACGGAUCUCUUGGUAUUUGGAGGUCGAUCAGCGAAGAUGUCAAUACUAUGGCAGACAACCUGACAUCGCAAGUCCGAGCCUUUGGAGAGAUCACAACAGCAGCCAUGAGCGGCGAUUUUACAUCACUCAUCACGGUAUCUGCAUCUGGUGAGAUGGAUGACUUGAAACAGAAGAUCAAUAAGAUGAUUUCGAGCCUACGAGAUAGUAUUCAACGCAAUACUGCCGCUCGCGAAGCGGCUGAGUUGGCUAAUCGCAGUAAAUCUGAGUUUUUGGCGAAUACCAGUCACGAAAUUCGUACUCCAAUGAAUGGAAUUAUCGGACUGACCAGUUUAGCUCUCGAUACCGACGAUCUCCCCGCCUCUGUUCGCGAAACACUCAGUAUGGUGCACAGCCUGGCUUUCAGUCUUUUAACUAUUAUCGACGAUAUUCUGGAUAUCUCCAAGAUCGAAGCAAACCAUAUGAAGAUUGAAAAGACCGCAUUCAGUUUGAGUACUACCGUGUGGAGAGUGCUGAAAGCCUUCGACGUACAAACAGUCGAGAAAGCUUUAAGCUUGAUUUACUCGGUCGACGGCAGUGUACCAGACUACCUCAUCGGCGAUGCCUAUCGAAUCCGACAGGUGAUGAUGAACUUGGUUGGCAAUGCUGUCAAAUUCACCGACGACGGCGAAAUACAUGUUUGCAUCAAACACAUCCAGGAUAGCACUUGCGCACCUGACGAAGCUACCUUCCAGUUCUCGGUUUCCGACUCUGGCAUUGGAAUCGAACAAAGUAACCUGGGCCUUAUCUUUGACAAGUUCCAACAAGCGGACGGGUCCAUGACACGACGCUUCGGGGGCACCGGUCUGGGACUCGCUAUUUCUAAGCGUCUCGUCUCCCUCAUGGGUGGUGAUAUCUGGGUUACGUCCAACCCGGGCAAGGGAAGCACAUUCGGGUUCACUUGCAAGUUGAAAGUCAGUGAGCCUCCAAUAGCUCUCGCCGAGCAAAUCCUGCCUCAUCGAGGUUGCCAGUUCUUGGUUGUUGGCGAUGCGGAAAAGACUGGAUGUCCGGCUGUCCGCAUGCUACAAGAGCUAGGCCUCCAGGCCGUGAUAGUAACACAAGAACAAAUCAGUUUGGGUCAAUGCAACGGGAGCAUAAGCCUUGCCUUUAGCGCGAUGAUUGUCUCAACAAUGGAGGAUGCCGUCGCGCUGCGCGCAUGUGGCCACUUCUCGCACAACCCUCUUAUCUUCAUGGCCCCCGAUUUAUCCUUGCCAAUGAAGACCGCCGGCGCACUCGGUAUAACGGCCUAUAUCACCACUCCUUGCCGCCCUAUCGAUCUUUGGAAUGGAAUUGUUCUUGCUAUGGGGAACCGUCAAAACCAUACCCAACCCGGAUAUACGCGCCCUCUCUCAAUCCUGCUCGCUGAGGAUAAUGAAGUCAACGUGAAGGUAGCCGUCCGUAUUCUCGAAAAAGCCAAACACCACGUCACUGUCGUCGGAAAUGGACUUCAAGCUGUGAAAGAGGUCAAAUCGCGACGCUAUGACGUGGUUCUGAUGGAUGUCCAGAUGCCCAUUAUGGGCGGCUUUGAGGCAACUCAGACGAUUAGGCAGUACGAGAAGCUGCAGCAACUCCCUCGAACACCCAUUGUCGCGUUGACGGCGCACGCCAUGCUUGGAGAUCGCGAAAAGUGCCUUGAAUCUGGCAUGGAUGAUUAUGUCUCCAAGCCCUUGCAACCCAAUCAUAUGAUCGAGACGAUCCACAAAUACUCAGCGAUGAACAUCUCAUCAUUACCAACAGGGAAGACUUGA